GCUAGCGAAUUGAUCAUGCAAAUGGAAAAUACAGAGAGAGGGAAUGACAUCCCUCUCUCUCUUCUCUCUCUUAGAACUUUCUCUCUCUAAAAGCUAUUACAUAACACAGAAGAGGGUUGAGUUGUGGAGGUGGAAGGAAUGGAGGGGAAGGGAAAAAGCAGAGGUGUGAUGAGGGAAGGAGAGGGAAAAAGGGAAGAGUAUGGGCAGUGAGAGAAAGUGCUGAAGAGUCUCUGGAUCCGCCGCGUGGCGAGUUUUGAGUGGUGGUGAGCUUUCAACUAAAUCAGAUGGCAACAACAUCACCAAACCAAAACCAAAAAACCAAGAACAAGAUGGGAAGAGGAGAGAGAAAGUACCCGCACUACUUCCUCUCUCUUUCUAUCUCCAACUCUCUCUCUCUCUCCUGCCAUGUCAGAGUGUAACCCCGUCCCCAUGACACCGGCGAAUCCGUAUUUGUAUGCUUUCUCUCUCUAGAAAAACAAAUUUGAGAAGCAAAAUAAAAUAAGAUUGGAAAAACCAAAAACUCUCUCUUUCCUCUCACCCUAUUUAUUUUCCUUUGUCUCCCAUUCGCUUUCUCUCUCCUUCUCGUAUCUCCCACAGCCUUGCCUUCCAUGCCCUAAACCUCCCCCCACCUCCCCAGCUCUUCCUCCCAAUCCAGCUGCCUCAUACUGCUGCUCUGUUUCUUGGGUUUUUGAUCCAUUACUUGAUUGCAGGUGCUAAGGUUGAGUUGUUUGGGAGCUGUCACUGUGGCCCGUGGUAGCCGAUAAAGAAUUCAUUUUUAGGAAUUUAAAUUUGCUUAUCCCUGCUGAAUCUAACAAUUACUCUGAGUUGUGUGCCAGUGUUUUUCUGGAAGCUGCGGUGCCUAAGUAUGCAUGUAGAAGCUCUGAUGUGUUGACUAAUCCAUUGUUCCUGACGUGCUUGCUGUCACUGUUGACUACGUUUGUAAGACCCAGGUCUAAAGAUGAAGGAAGACAGUUCGUCACCUAGUAAAAUGAUAAACAGAAAUUGGGUCUUGAAACGAAAACGUAGAAAGCUUCCUCAUGGACCUGAUCAGUCUAAUGGCAAAGAAGACACUUCAGCGGCCUCAGAAUCGCCAGGGAAGACUUCUUCUUCAGCUAAGCGCAAGCUGAAAAAUGAAUUAAUUUCUGAGCGGUUUCAAUCCAAGAAGAAAGGAAAUGACGGGUAUUUCUACGAGUGUGUGGUCUGUGACCUUGGCGGUAACUUGUUGUGUUGUGAUAGCUGUCCCCGAACCUAUCAUCUCCAGUGUCUUAAUCCACCUCUUAAGCGCAUUCCGAAUGGGAAGUGGCAAUGUACAACUUGCUGUCAGAAAAGAGAUCAGAAAAGUAAUCUGCUUGAACCCAGAAACUUUUUGACAGAGACCAUCUCAAAACGAGCAAGAACAAAACUUGUCACUACUAAGUCCAAAACUGGAAUGAAGUCAUCCGACAGGGAGAAAGUAUCACAGAUUUUUGGAAACUCUAUUGUUGCAAAGAAAAGAUCUUCAAGCAAAGGAAAAGCUGUUUUAACCCAUCGAGUCAAAUCCUUAGAGAAGAACUCCCGGAUAGAUAUAUGUAGCACCAAGCCGACUCAUUCAACAGUUGGUGGUUCUGCAGACGGUAUUUCAUCAUGUGUGAAUGUUGAUGAUGAAAAAAGAUCCAGCAUUGUCCCAGAAGAGGAUUCCACAGACAGAAAGUCGAGCUCUCCUGCUAAAGAAGUUGCAUCUCAUUCUAAAGUUACAUUGUCAGAGACGAAUGAUGAAGCGCCUGAGGCAUCUGCCUCUCCUGAUGUGAAGCCGGAUCCAUCUUGUACUGAUGGAUCUCCACAUAAGACCAUUGUUCUUGCAAUCAGUGCUACCACCGACAAGGCUAAAAAAAGAAAACACAAAGGAAAUAAUGAUAAGAGUAAAAAGAAGCCCAGGACUGAUAAGGGAAAGUCUGUUGGUAUUUCCAAACAAUCUGGAUCUAAAGCAAAUACUACAAAACCGAGGAUUGAUAAAGCACCUCGUAAGCAUAAAUCUAUCAACCAUGGGGUUUCUGCUAUUUUGUCAAGAGAAGAAAUUGGAACCAAGAAGUCAGAUGUCCAAAGCAGAGACGAGGAGCUUCCUGAGGGAGCAAAAGACUCAUCACAUAAUGCAGAUAAAGCUGGAAGUCAUGUAGUUGAAACAACAAUUUGUAGAGACAGUUUUACUGCUCAACCUCUGCAGGUUGAUCGGGUUUUGGGAUGUCGAGUUCAGGGUGAUAAUGCUCAAUCUUCUCGUCAGUUAUGUGUGACAGCUGCCCCUGGCCUGUGUCCUGCUGAUUUGCAAGUUUCUGAGAUUCAAAACAGACUAUCAGAUGGAAAUUCUGCUUUUGAUAAUGACAUGGAUGUCGGAGCUGCGGACAGUGUUGUCAAUGGUGCUGAUGGGGAUGAAAGCAUGAAGGAUGAAAAUCUCACUGAGGUUUGCGAAAAUGUUGUCGGUGGUGCUGAUGGGGAUGAAAGCACAAAGGAUGAUGUUCGAGUGGACAAAUUACAUGUGUACAGAAGAUCUGUGAACAAAGAAGGUAAAAAAGCUAAUUCCAUGGAUUUGUUGAGGACAGGUGCUAAGGAUUCGAGUCCUGCUACCAUAAUUUGUAAAGAUCAAGAUGAAUCUGCUGUAACUGCAGAUGAUUCAGGAAAAAACCCUGAAAAAACAGCGACUAUCAAAGUUAGUUUGAAAAGUCAUGAUGAUGAUGAGGUUCCUGAAAUUGAAAUGCAUUUAUCUCCUGACACCCAAGAUAAACAAGAUGUAGAUACAGAAACUGGAAUCAGCAGCAGCCCUCAAACCAAAAUUGAGGAGCCUUCACUAGCUGAGCCUGCAGGUGGUAGUGAUGGGAUGGUAUUGUAUGAAUUUUUAGUUAAGUGGGUGGGUAGUUCUCAUAUUCAUAAUAGUUGGAUUUCUGAAUCUGAGCUAAAAUCCUUGGCCAAGAGAAAAUUAGAAAAUUACAAGGCUAAGUAUGGAACUGCUGUUAUAAAUAUAUGUGAGGAACGUUGGAAGCAACCACAGCGGGUGAUUGGUCUCCGUGGUGUUGAAAAUGGUUUGGGUGAAGCUUUCAUAAAGUGGAAUGGUCUCCCUUACGAUGAAUGCACUUGGGAAAGACUGGAUGAGCCUGUCAUUAAAAAUUCCCAGAAUCUGAUUGAUCAGUUUUAUCAGUUUGAACGCCAAACACUGGAAAACAAUGCUUCUAAGGAUGAUUCAUCAAAGGGGAAGGUUAGUUGUCAGCAAAGUGAAAUAGUUACUCUGACAGAGCAGCCUAAGGAACUGAAGGGUAUAUUGUUUCCUCAUCAGCUUGAAGCUCUGAAUUGGUUGCGGAAAUGCUGGCAUAAAUCCAAGAAUGUAAUACUGGCCGAUGAGAUGGGGCUUGGUAAAACUGUGUCCGCUUGUGCUUUUAUUUCAUCAUUAUACGUCGAGUUCAAAGCCACUCUCCCUUGUUUAGUCUUGGUUCCACUUUCCACAAUGCGUAAUUGGCUUGCUGAGUUUGCAUUAUGGGCACCCGAAUUGAAUGUCGUGGAAUAUCAUGGGUGUGCUAAAGCACGAACCAUAAUACGCCAGCAUGAAUGGCAUGCUAGUGAUCCAAAUUCAUUGAAUAAGAAAACAUGUGCGUAUAAAUUUAAUGUUCUUUUAACUACAUAUGAAAUGGUUCUUGCUGAUUCCUCACAUCUCCGCGGGGUUCCUUGGGAAGUUCUCAUAGUUGAUGAGGGUCAUCGUUUGAAAAAUUCGGGAAGUAAGCUCUUCAGCUUGCUUAACUCCUUGUCUUUCCAACAUCGCGUACUGUUGACUGGUACCCCUCUUCAGAACAACAUCGGUGAAAUGUAUAACUUGCUUAACUUCUUGCAGCCGGCAUCAUUCCCUUCCCUAUCUGCAUUUGAGGAAAGGUUUAAUGAUCUUACAACUGCAGAAAAAGUGGAUGAAUUGAAAAAACUUGUUGCUCCACAUAUGCUUCGGAGGCUUAAAAAGGACGCUAUGCAAAAUAUCCCCCCCAAGACCGAACGGAUGGUUCCUGUUGAGCUGUCCUCUAUCCAAGCUGAAUACUACCGCGCAAUGCUGACAAAGAAUUAUCAGAUAUUGCGGAAUAUUGGCAAAGGGGUGGCACAGCAGUCAAUGCUGAACAUAGUAAUGCAGUUAAGGAAAGUCUGCAAUCAUCCGUAUCUCAUACCAGGCACUGAACCGGACUCUGGGUCUGCUGAGUUCCUUCAUGAAAUGCGAAUUAAAGCUUCAGCCAAGUUGACUCUGUUGCAUUCUAUGCUUAAGAUCUUGCACAAAGAGGGUCACAGAGUCCUCAUCUUUUCACAGAUGACCAAGCUGCUAGAUAUCCUUGAGGAUUAUUUGGCUAUAGAAUUUGGACCUAAAACAUAUGAGAGAGUAGACGGCUCUGUUUCAGUGACUGAGCGUCAAUCUGCAAUUGCGCGUUUUAACCAAGAUCAAAGCCGAUUUGUCUUUUUGUUAUCAACACGCUCUUGUGGCCUUGGUAUCAAUUUGGCAACAGCAGACACUGUCAUUAUCUAUGAUUCUGAUUUCAACCCGCACGCUGAUAUUCAAGCUAUGAAUCGAGCACAUCGAAUUGGACAGUCAAAACGACUUUUGGUGUAUAGGCUUGUUGUUCGUGCUAGUGUUGAAGAGCGCAUCUUGCAGCUUGCAAAGAAGAAACUUAUGCUUGAUCAGCUUUUUGUGAACAAGUCGGGAUCCCAAAAAGAAGUGGAGGAUAUUAUAAAAUGGGGAACUGAGGAGCUUUUUAAUGAUUCUCCAAUUACUGAUGGAAAAGAUACCGAUGAAAAUAACAGUAACAAAGAUGAGGCAGUGACAGAUGUUGAGCAUAAGCAUAGGAAGCGGACUGGUGGCUUGGGGGAUGUGUAUACAGAUAAAUGUACAGAUAGCAGCAACAAGAUUGUAUGGGAUGAAAGUGCAAUUUCAAAGUUACUUGACCGUUCAGACCUUCAGUCUGGUUCAAGUGAUAUUGCUGAAGGAGAAAUGGAAAAUGAUAUGCUUGGCUCAGUAAAGGCCAUCGAAUGGAAUGAGGAGCCUGCUGAAGAGCAGGGAGUUGAAUCAUCUCCAGGUGCAAGUGAUGAUACUGGGGUACCAAAUACUGAAAGGAAAGAGGAUAGCAUGGUUACGGAAGAAAAUGAAUGGGACAGACUUUUGCGUCUUAGAUGGGAGAAAUAUCAAAGUGAGGAAGAAGCGGCUCUUGGUCGUGGGAAGCGCCUGCGGAAAGCUGUUUCUUACAGGGAAGCAUAUGGUGCACACCCAACUGAAACAUUAAGUGAGGGUGCUGACGAGGAGCAUGAGCCCGAACCAGAGCCAGAGAGGGAGUACACACCUGCUGGACGAGCUUUAAGGGACAAGUUUGCUAAGCUCCGAGCUAGACAAAAAGAGCGGCUUGCUCAGAGGAAUGCAGUUGAAGAACCUCAACCUAGUGAAGGACCGCCUGAGUCACUUCCUCAGGGUCCCACCAACACUUCCAAAGAUGGCGAUCAAGCAACUGAAUUAGUUCAGUUUUUCAGAGAGAGACCUUCAGUAAUUGACUUGGAGAACGAUAAGUUAGAUGCUCCCAAGGCCAAGACUGAUUCUCCCUCACGAUUGGGCCGGCUAUUGAAGCAUAAAAACAGUCACCUUGGUCUUUCUGUUAAUUCUCUUGACUACAUGUCACCUGACAUGUUCCUUCCCAAUCACCAGGUUCUGGGAACAAGCUUACUGCCCUCAAAUAAUUUAUUACCUGUUCUGGGACUCUGUGCUCCCAAUGCUAGUCAAAUAGUAUCAUCAAAUAAGAAAUUCUCAAGGUCAAACGGCAGACAAAAAGGAGGUCGGCCAGAGUUUCCAUUUAGUCUGGCUCCUCAGUCUGGGACUUUGAACGAGACAGAAGUAAAUGGUGAUGACACGAAACUAUCAGAUGCACCAGCUGAAGUAUCACAUCUCAAGAAUAAGUUGAAUAGCAUCCCAAAUGGUGGUUUCCCAUUUAGGCCGUAUCCUCCGACUUUUCAAGGGAAUAAUCAUGAUCGUCCAGAAAGUUCCAGUGCUUCCUUUUCUGAUUUCCAAGAAAAGAUGGCAUUGCCUAACUUACCAUUCGAUGAGAAAUUGCUACCAAGAUUCCCACUUGGAGCAAAGAGCAUGCCGAGUCCACAUCUGGACUUCUUAUCUAAUCUAUCAUUAGGUAGCAGACUUGAAUCUGCUGGUGGAUCCUUGCAAGAACUUCCAACAAUGUCAUUGUUUCCAAAUUUACAGUUGCCACCAGAUGCACCCAGAUAUAAUCAGCAAGACAGAGAUGUGCCUCCCUCAUUUGGUUUGGGGCACAUGCCAACUAAUUUUCCGUCUUUACCUGAUAACCACCGGAAGGUGCUCGAAAACAUAAUGAUGAGGACUGGUCCUGGAUCAAGCAACUUAUUUAAAAAUAAAUUUAAAGCAGAUAUCUGGACGGAAGAUGAACUUGAUUAUCUAUGGAUUGGUGUUCGUAGGCAUGGAAGGGGCAAUUGGGAUGCAAUGCUGAGAGACCCAAGGUUGAAGUUCUCAACGUUUAAAACUUCGGAAGAUUUGUCAGCUAGGUGGGAGGAGGAACAACUCAAGAUUUUAGACGGGUCAGCUUUUGCAGUGUCUAAGUCAACCAAAAAGGCUGCUAAAUCCUUACAGUUUCCAAGCAUAUCUGAUGGAAUGAUGGCACGGGCACUGCAUAGUAGUAGACUUGUUACACCACCAAAGUUUCAAUCCCAUUUGACAGAUAUAAAGCUGGGUUUUACUGAUCUUUCAACUGGCUUUCCACAUUUUGAAUCAUCAGAUAGACUCGGUUUGCAAAAUGAGCAAUAUCCCCCUAUUCCAUCUUGGUUUCAUGAUAAAUUCAGGACUAAUUUUUCCGGAGAUUCUGCUGCUGUAGCUUCUGACAGAGCAGGGACAUCUUCCAGUGUUCCUGCUGAGCAGCCAUUUGUUGUCACUUCUUUUGGUACCAGUUGCUUGGGUUCGUUAGGAGGCUUGAAUUCCUCAAGCAGCUAUGAUGUGCAGAAGAAUGAAGAUGAACAGGGUGCCCCUAGGUACGGGAAGUUGCCUAGUCUGCUUGAUAGAUCACUGAAUGCUGUACGUGAUAUGAAUAAUAAUUUGGCAAGAGGUGAACCCUCCAGUUCAGGAUUGCUGCCUAAUCUCAAGAGAGGAAUCUUAAAGGGAGAUGAUGUUGCUGGAAGUAGUUCUUCGAAGAACACGCUACCCCAUUGGCUACGGGAAGCUGUAAGUGCUCCUGCUAAACCCCCAGUACCUGAUCUGCCACCCACAGUGAUGGCAAUAGCUCAAUCCGUCCGGUUGUUAUAUGGGGAGGAUAAGCGAACGAUUCCUCCAUUUGUGAUUCCCGGCCCACCUCCUUCGCUACCAAAGGAUCCAAGACGGAGUCUAAAGAAGAAAAGAAAGCUUAAAUCACGUCUAUUCAGGCGGGUUCAACUAGACGCUGGAAGCAGCCAGGACUUUCAGAGCAGGCACUUUGGUGGCAAUGCUUCAAGCUCCAUUCCUAUGGCCCCAUCAUUUCCAUUUCUUUCACAAGCAAUGGCUGCAACUUCAGGCUUUUCACGGAUUGAAUCCGACCUCGGUGAGCCUCUGAGUUUAAAUGUGGUAAACCCAUCAUCUGCAGCGCCACAUCUGAAUCAGCACAAGAAAACAACCAUGGGAUUGUCGCCUUCCCCUGAAGUGCUUCAAUUGGUAGCAUCCUGUGUUGCUCCAGGUUCACACCUGUCAGCAGCUUCCGGCAUGGCAAGCUCAAGCGUCCGUGACACAAAACCCUCAUUGCCGAACUCUGUUGACCAAGUAGAACUCUUGGACUCUCAAACUGCGACUGCAGUGGUAAGAACGGAGGCCAAGCAGGGCUCGCCUGUUAGAACAUGUGGUACUCAAAGUGCGGAUUCUAGCAAGACAGAGUCAGAUCCCUCUAGGACAGAACGACCCGAUGUAGAGGAAAUUUCUUCUGAGGGCACCGUCUCGGAUCAUCCCAUGAGUGAUCGGGAAUCAUAGCUGUAAUAUGCGGAGCGAAGAUUAGAACAUAAAUAUUCUUUCGUGCUAUUCAAGGCUCCGUCGUGCUUAAAAUUUUGUAGGUCUCUUGUAGUGCAAGAUAAACUAGCCGGAUAUAGGGUUGUUUUAGGAUAAUUGUGUAAAGCUCAUGUAAGAGAAUGAAAGUAUAGUGUUGUUGCCUUCUUUUGCAAUGUAUGUAUCCAACCAUGGAGCUUUCUUCCUCCUUGUGGUCUCAUCAAUGAGGUCUGAUUACUGAAAAAAAUGGCUGGUUUUGGACUUUGAAA